AUGAGUCUUAGGACACUUUUUACAAAAAAUCAAUUACCUUUUACACUUAAUUAUAAGAGGAAUCCUCUUAUUUUUACUCAAUGGAAUAAAUUUUACAGCACAAGUGCCGUAUGUUUAGAUCGAAUCCAUGAACCCACCUCUAGUGGACCUCUAUCUGGAAUUAGGGUUGUGGAUCUUACACGUGUAUUAGCUGGACCUUAUUGCACCAUGAUACUGGGAGAUUUGGGCGCUGAAGUAAUAAAGAUUGAAAAUCCUAAAGUUGGUGAUGAUACUCGUACAUGGGGACCACCUUGGGCAACAAAUAAAGAUUCCAAAGAUCUUUCAACACCAGAAAGUGCAUACUUUUUGUCAGUUAAUAGAAACAAGAAAUCUAUUACUGUAAAUUUAAAAUCACCAGAUGGAAUAUAUAUAAUUAAAGAAUUGAUUAAGAAGAGUGACAUAUUAGUGGAAAAUUAUAUUCCUGGGAAGUUGGAUAAGAUGGGAUUAGGUUUCGAUGAAUUGAAUAAAAUUAAUCCGCAGCUAAUUUACGCUUCAAUAACUGGCUAUGGUCAAACAGGCCCUUAUUCAAAGCAUGCUGGAUAUGAUGUAGUAAUAGAGGCAGAGGCAGGUUUAAUGUAUAUUACAGGUGAAGAGGACAGACCACCUGCAAAGGUCGGUGUAGCUAUAACAGAUUUAACAACAGGACUCUAUACACAUGGAGCGAUUAUGGCAGCACUUUUAUCAAGAAGUAAAACAAAUCUUGGUCAAAGAAUAGAUUGUUCACUUAUUGAAUCUCAAGUUGCAUCAUUAGUGAAUAUUGCUAGCAAUUAUCUCAUUUCUAAUCAAGAAGCUAAACGAAUGGGUACAUCACAUCCAUCUAUUGUUCCAUAUCAAGUAUUUCCAACAAAAAAUGGUUUUAUUAUGAUUGGAGCUGGAAAUGAUAAACAAUUUAAAAUUUUGUGUCAUACAAUUGACAAAGUUGAAUUCUUGAAUGAUUCAAGAUUUACUACAAAUUCUGAUCGUGUACUUCAUCGUAAAGAAUUAAUUUCACUUUUAGAACAAAGAUUCAAGGAUGAAACUACAGAGCAUUGGUUAUCAUUAUUGUUUGAUAAAGAAAUUCCUUUUGCACCAAUUAAUAAUAUUCAACAAACUUUUGAACAUCCUCAAAUUCUUGCACGUGAAAUGAUACAGGAAGUUGAUCAUCCUAAAGCUGGCAAGAUCAAAUUAACAGGUAUUCCUGUUAAGUAUAGUAGAGAAAAAUUAAAAGUAAGAUUACCACCUCCGACACUUGGGCAACAUACUCAUGAAAUUUUAUCAAAUUUAUUACAUUAUACUAAUCAUAAAAUAGAUGAUUUAAAAGCAAAUGUUUCCUCAGGAAUGACAAAACUGUUACAAUUAAAAUUUAUCCUAACAUAUUUCAAUUCAUCAUUUAAGACACCCGAGACUCGAGAAU